GCGGAAGACAACCUUGCGAUGCGGGGGAGGAACAAAUGAAAACGCCGCAGAGCCGUGCCGGGUGUGCUGUGCCUCAGCUACUCUUCCGUCCAGCGCAUGGAGUCUGCCUCCGCUCCCUGCAUAUUUCUUCCGUUCCAUCGCUGCACGCGCCGCUGUCAUCGAGCCAAAAUACUUCAGCAUUUUUGGCCCAACUGCACCUCGCUAGUCCACGUCUCGGCACUACUAGCCUUACUAGCCCAUCGAAGUAUAGCCCUCUCCCGCCUCUGAGCUCACCAGCGCAUCGUCCUCACGCUCAUGGCGCACUCAGCAGGCCGUAUGAUCCCCGCACGACGUGCCCUGUCAAGCGGGACGGGUUCAGAAUCAGGGACGCCGUGCGCGCGGUGUCCUGAAAUUGCCGCGCAAGGGGCGCGUCCGUGGUCGAUCACGCCGUGCCACGUCGCCGCACGCGGAUCGUAGCACGCGGCAGGACCUCGCCACGUACGGCGGAGGUAUUUCCUGGCCGUCUCGAAAUCACGAGGCGGGAUCGUCGCGCGCGUACGACUUCGGAUCGUCGGGAUGUGCGAUCGCGCUGCGCCUCCACAGCACCAGGCAGGCGUCGGGUUGCGUC